GUGACUUGUGACCCUUCACCAAUCACGGCGGAAUCCGCCAAGCCCACGCUCUGCAGGGUUGUCAUCUACCUACAGAAGGAGAUGUCAGGGGACACGUGUCUAACCACCACCCUCUGUCCAGCGGCAGGGCCCAGGCCCAAAGCUUGCAGCUUCAAGGGGGGCAGCCUUGGGAACAAGUACGUGCGCCUCAACGUUGGGGGCUCUUUGUAUUACACCACGGUGCAAGUACUGACCAGGCACGACACGAUGCUUAAGGCCAUGUUCAGCGGCAGAAUGGAAGUGCUCACGGACAAGGAAGGCUGGAUCCUUAUAGACCGUUGUGGGAAGCACUUUGGAACAAUUUUAAACUAUCUCCGAGAUGACACAAUUGCACUUCCAAAACACAGACAGGAGAUCAAAGAGCUGAUGGCAGAAGCCAAAUACUAUCUCAUUCAGGGCUUAGUGGACAUGUGCCAAGCAGCCCUGCAGGACAAGAAAGACUUGUAUGAACCUGUCUGUAGUAUCCCUAUUAUCACAUCUCCAAAAGAAGAGGAGAGACUGAUAGAAUCAUCAAUGAAACCCGUUGUUAAGCUGCUUUAUAAUAGAAGCAACAACAAAUACUCCUACACCAGUAACUCAGAUGACAACUUACUGAAGAACAUAGAACUGUUCGACAAACUCUCUCUCCGAUUCAACGGCAGAGUUCUUUUCAUUAAGGAUGUUAUAGGGGAUGAAAUCUGCUGCUGGUCUUUCUAUGGACAGGGUCGGAAACUUGCUGAAGUCUGUUGCACCUCUAUAGUGUAUGCGACAGAGAAGAAGCAAACCAAGGUUGAAUUCCCUGAGGCACGGAUUUACGAGGAAACACUAAAUGUCUUACUGUAUGAAACACCACGGGUUCCUGAUAACUCUCUGCUGGAAGCAACAAGCAGGAGCCGAAGCCAAGCGUCUCACAGUGAGGACGAUGAGGGUUUUGAACUUCGUGACCGAGUGCGCCGAAUCCACGUGAAGAGAUACAGCACCUAUGAUGACCGUCAGCUUGGGCACUAGUGUCUCAGUUGAGGAGAACGGGUUUGGUGUCAAGGCUUGUAUCGAUGUUCUUUGAGGGAGAUCAAGAAGUAGGGAGGGAUGAAUUGGACUUUGUGGAUUGAUCUUCAUUUUGGCUUCUUGGCUCCCUAGAGAAGCAAAUGGGCAUUUGUGUGCGCAAAGCAACACUAACGGCCAGGGGCUUUGAGAACUGAGAUGUUGAUUUUGCACCAUGUGCUUUAAAGGCAGACUGGCCCCCUUUUCGUGCCACGUGAGGAAUGGAAUUUGGAACACUGAUUCUGACAGCUUGUGGUUGCUCUUUCGUGUCUAAUGACUUGCCAGAUUUCUUACUUCCUGGGAGAAGUACUGCCUUUCCUGAAUGAGAUGGCAUGAUGUGGAAAAUCUUUUUCAAGAUGCCUGCCCUUUUAGGGUUUUGUAUAAUG